UCAGUCUUUUUUGGCUCAAGAUUGGAAAUUUUGAGUUGGGUUCGUUUCUGUUGCUUUUGUUGUGUUGAUUUUCAGGUCUAGUGGUGAAUUUUGAUGUUUUAGGGUAUUUUAUGGUGUUUUGGAUGUGGGAAUUCUUUGCCCAAAUGUGGGUUUUUAUGUUUUUCUUGUGGUUGCUGAACAUAAUUUUGUCUCUUAUUUGAAGUUUGUUACUGUUGCGUUGUUUUCUGGUUAGGGAUUUGCAUAAUUAUUCCAUUCAAAAGUCUGCUAUGAAAAUCUGAAGCAAGGUUUUUGGGUAUUGAUCAUAAUGCUGUUUAGACCUACAGAACACUUGUGUUUCUUGUGGUUACCUCUGAGGCAGAGAGGAGAACUGAGAUCUCUCGGACACAUGGAUCAGAAGCUUUCAACAGAUGCAGUGAACCGUAAAAAUGGCAACUAUGUUCUUAUUGGUGGUCCAGAGAACCCGGAGUUGGAAAAGUUCGACAAACCACUUCCUUAUUGUGGUUGUGGAAUUGGAUGGUUUUCAUUUCUGCUUGGAUUUGUAUUUCCAGUGAUGUGGUACUAUGCUGCAUUUCUCUACUUCUGGAAAUAUUAUGAUAAAGAUCCGAGGGAACGAUCUGGGCUCGGCGCUUCAGCAGUAGCUGCUUUGGUAUGUACAGUUGGUGUCUUGGUAGCUGCAACUGUCAUUGGUACUAAAUCCUUGCUGCCAUAAAAGUGGCAUCAAAUGAAUAUCCCAAAGAUGAUGUUUAGAUCCAGCUGUCCUCCCAUCAUUAUCUUAUGGCCAACAACGCAAAACUGGCAUCAUGGAAUGUUAAGGUACUAGUUUCUGAAGAUUGUCAGGCUCUAUGUAAUUAGUUUGCAUGAUGCAAACCCUGUACAGUAGCGUGCUACGGCUUUAGCUCCCAUUUAGUGGGAUAUUUAUGUACAGACAAAUUGUAGAAUAGUAGUACUUAAUUACAACAUAUUAGAGAGAAACUUUCUUUUGACAUAUUGCUCGAUCUCUUUUGUGAAGCAACUGAAGUCAAAGUGCUAGAAGCUGCCACUUUAAUCCUUUUAUGUGUAGUUCAUAUUUGGUCCAUUGGUAAUUAUCAGCAGCUUAAAUAUAAUUCCAUUAUAUU